UCUUCGGUAAUAUAGACUAACACGUCGCUAUCACGCUGUACGAAAGAUAUCUGUUUUGGAGCUAGAAUAGCUUCGACCGUACCUAACAAGACCCGAAAUCAUACCCAGGUUUGGUUUUACUGUCUACAUUUCAUUCGGGUAUUUACAUAUUCAUUUUCCAAGCAUAUGCAGCUUGGAUUACUUGCCUAGGGUUUUAUUUGCAGAGGGUUUGGUUUGGUGAAUGUCCUCCAUACGAUGCUAUUUCUCAAAUGUAUUCUCUCACCAGUCAGGUACUCUGUACCAUAUGGUAUUUUGUCAAAAUAUUCAUUGUUCUCGACCACAAAUUUCUGUAAUGUUAGAGAAGAAAAGGAAUAUUACAGGCAACCGCGACAAAAUGCUAUGGCCGAUUUUUUGCUCAACGAAUGUGGGUUCUCUGAGUCCCAAGUAUCACAUCUUAGUAGCAGGUGUCCACAAAAGUUUUGGACUAAAUCCACCCAUAGAGCUCAGCAGGCGGUCCAGCUGUUCAGGGACUUAGGUUUCACCGAAGAUCAGGUAAGGAAAAUCCUUUUGACACAACCCAAUGUUUUGACUCUCAAAGUGGAUACCCAGUUACAGCCCAAGAUCAACUUCAUUAAGGAAUUAGGUUUUAGUGACAGUAACCUGGGACACAUUUUAUCUAGAGAACCCAAAUUGCUCUCCCUCAGUGUGGAGCGAAACAUAAGCCCUAAAAUUCCCAUUCUUGUAAGCUUAUAUGGUUCAAAGCUUAAUUUGUGCAAAGCUCUCAUGUGUAGUCCUAGGAUAUUGCAUUGUAAAUUUGAAAAUUUGAAACGUAAAAUAGUUAUUCUAAAGCAAUACGGGAUUCAAGAUGGGCUGUUCUUAUUUAUACUGAAGGUAAGGCCCUAUACAAUCUUCUUCAACAGUGAGGAGGUUUUGAAAUCAAAGAUUGAAUAUGUACGAAAUUUGGGUGUUUUGGAGGGAUCGAAAGCAUUUGUAUAUACCCUGAUGGCUGUGAAUAGUAGUGGACUGGAAAAAUUUGAAAAUAAAUUAAAACAUAUGGCAACACUCGGUCUUCUGGAGAAUGAGAUCAUACAGUUUUUAAAGAAGUCUCCUAUUACGCUCACUAUGAGCAUUGAUAAGAUGGAAAAAAACAUGGAUUUCUUGAAACAUAUUGCUGGCUUUCAGCCAAACAUUGUGGUCAUGCAUCCUUGUCUUUUACGCUACAGCAUAAAGAAUAGGAUGCGACCACGCCAUAAGGUUUCUAUUGGGCAGACCUGAGGCAGCAAAGCUGUUUGAAAAUUACAAGGGGAAGUCUGAUGAUACUUCAAUUAGCUGAUAGAUUUUGUGGAGGUUGCAGCAGAAAAAGAAGGGGUUUUAAACAUUCCAGGCCUUCCAAUGAGGUUGGUUGGGACCAAU